AUGGCUUAUACAAUAACUGCCGAAAUAAUGGAUGAAAAAAUUAAAAAAAAAAAAAUCAGAAGUUCUGAGGAUGGGUCACCCAAACCGACGUCUCGAUUUGGCGUCUUCGCUCAUAAAGAUAAAUUAAAUAAUUUAAAUCCAAAAGAAUAUGUUAUUGCUGAUUUUGGUUGUGGUGAUGCUAAGCUUUGUGAACCAGUUGAACAAAAAGUUCACUCACUUGAUUUAGUUGCUGUCAAUGAUAAAGUCACAGCUUGUGAUAUGGCACAUACAUCCCUGCUAACUAUCAGUGUUAAUGUUGUUGUAUUUUGUUUGUCAUUCAUAGGAAAAAAUUUAGCAGAUUAUCUUUUAGAAGCGAAUCGUGUUUUAAAACAAGAUGGGAUAUUAAAAAUUGCUGAUGUUGUAAGUCGCUUUGAAAAUAUUAAAGGAUUUGUAAAGUCAUUAGACAAAUAUGGCUUUCAAAAUACAUAUCAAGAUUUGUCAAAUAAUUUAUUUUAUUUUAUGGACUUUAAAGAAAUUGAAGAUGUCAAUAGAAGAAAUAAAAAUCUUCCACAAAUUUAUUUAAAAACAUGCUUAUACAAAAGAAGAUAA